ACGGCGUGCUUGUAAUAUUUUGUGUAUAUUUUCAUCAUUAAAACGUCGUGUAAAUUAAAAUUCAUCCUAAUUAUAAUUAAAAAACUACAUUAAUAAACGGCAAUUCCAGAAUUCUCAAAAAUCAAUUUGUAAAAAUUCAAGUUUUAACCAAUUCUCAUACGUAAUUAAAUAAAUAAAGUUCAGUUUCGUUAAGUCCCAACAACAACAGCUGUGCAACUGUGUAAAAUAUUAUUAAUAAUUUUUGUGUAAAUUUAUGUAAAAAAAAAAAACCAACCCCGACAACCAAACCAAACGAAGAAAAAUAAUUUUUUUUUUAGCAAAGAGUGUAUGAAAAAAUCUCAGCAAAGCCUGUAAAUUAAAUGUUAAAUAUAAUAAGCAAAAAGUGUGGUUUCUUUUACAACAAAAACAAGUGUAAAUCUGGAGAGAAAGUAUAAAAAAGAGCAGAAAAAGAACAAUUUGUGAAUAUUCGAAACGAAUCGAGUUAUAAAACGCGUGUGGUUAAAGAAUUGAAGUAAAACCAAUCAAAGUUGGCAAUACGCGCAAAAUUGUCAGCUGCGACAGCUAGGAAAAGCUUCCAAAAUUGAGCUCCUAACCGCGCCCACAAUUGCCAUAUCGACGCCUUCGCCGCAGCAGCAGCAGCAGCAACAUCAACAGCAGCAGCAGCAACAGCAACACCAGCAGCAGCAACUCUACCAGCAACAUCAACAGCAGCAGCAACAUUACGGUCCACCACCGCCCUAUUUUCAACAACUUCAUCAGCAACACCAGCAGCAACAGCAACAUCAGCAGCAGCAGCAGCAGCAACACCAACAGCAGCAACACCAGCAACACAUGAAGUUUUUGGGUGGCAACGAUGAUCGCAAUGGCCGCGGAGGAGUCGGCGUUGGCACGGAUGCCAUUGUGGUAGGAACUCGCGGUGGCGUUUCGCAGGAUGCCGCCGAUGGCUAUGUCUUCCAGCAACGCCCCUCGCCGGGCGGUGUGGGCGUGGGCGGAGUGGGCGGCGGUGUGCCCGGGGUCGGUGCCGUGGGCUCGACCUUGCACGAGGCCGCUGCCGCCGAGUACGCCGCCCACUUUGCCCAGAAGCAACAGCAGACGCGAUGGGCGUGCGGGGACGACGGCCACGGCAUUGAUAACCCGGACAAAUGGAAGUACAAUCCGCCGAUGAAUCCGGCUAAUGCAGCUCCCGGCGGACCGCCAGGCAAUGGAAGUAAUGGUGGCCCCGGCGCCAUUGGAACCAUCGGCAUGGGCAGUGGAUUGGGCAGCAUGGGCGGAGGUGGAGGAGGCGGUGGAGCUGGUGGUGGGAAUAAUGGUGGCUCCGGCACGAAUGGUGGUAUGCAUCAUCCAUCGAUGGCCGCAGCAGCCGCCAAUAUGGCCGCCAUGCAACAGGCAGCGGCGGUGGCGAAGCACAACCAUAUGAUGUCGCAGGCAGCAGCCGCCGUUGCAGCCCAACAGCAGCAGCAACAUCAGCAUCAACAACAUCCACAGCAGCAGCAGGCACAGAAUCAGGGACAUCCACAUCAUCUAAUGGGCGGUGGCAAUGGACUGGGCAAUGGCAACGGACUGGGCAUCCAACAUCCCGGCCAGCAGCAGCAACAACAGCAGCAGCAGCAGCAACAUCCCGGCCAGUACAAUUCAAAUUUGCUGAAUCAUGCCGCUGCCUUGGGUCAUAUGGGAUCUUAUGCCCAAUCCGGCGGCAAUAUGUACGAUCAUCAUGGUGGAGCCAUGCAUCCAGGAAUGAAUGGUGGAAUGGCCAAGCCACCGCCACUAGGUCCUCCAGGAGCCGGAGGACCGCAAGACUAUGUCUACAUGGGUGGCCAGACUACGGUGCCCAUGGGUACUGCAAUGAUGCCGCCACAGAAUCAAUACAUGAACAGCUCAGUUGUUGCGGCCGCCAAUCGGAAUGCAGCGAUCACUACAUCCACUGCCAAGAAAUUGUGGGAGAAAUCGGAUGGCAAGGGCGUUACCUCUAGCACCCCUGCUGGACCCCUGAAUCCCUUGCAGAUUCCUGGCAUCGGUGAUCCCUCUUCGGUGUGGAAGGAUCACACCUGGUCCACACAGGGCGAGAAUAUCCUGGCCCCGCCCCCUUCGCGAGGAUACGCCGCCCAUGGAGGUGCCUCCGAUACUUCGAACAGCGGCAAUGCGGGCAUACUGAGUCCCCGGGAUUCGACUUGCGCCAAAGUGGUGGAGUAUGUUUUCAGUGGUUCGCCCACCAACAAGGAGAGCCCUCUUUCCGGAUUGGAGCCGCGAUUGCGCAAUCUGAAGUUUGACGACAACGAUAAGUCACGCGAUGAUAAGGAGAAGGCAAACUCUCCGUUCGACACAAACGGAUUGAAGAAGGACGAUCAGGUCACAAACACAAAUGGUGUUGUCAAUGGCAUUGACGAUGACAAGGGCUUCAAUCGCACCCCUGGUUCACGUCAACCGUCUCCCGCUGAGGAGUCCCUGCCACGCCCCCCAAAUCUACUCUUCCCCCUGCCGCCCCCCUUUAAUCACAUGCUCAUGGACCAUGGUCAGGGCAUGGGCGGUGGACUGGGAGGGGUCGUCGGAUCUGGCAACGGGGUUGGUGGAGGGGGCGGCGGAGGCGGGGCCGGCGGUCAGUAUGCGGCCCACCAACAAAUGGCUGCCCAGAUGAAUCAGUUGCAGCCGCCGAUGAUGAACGGCGUUGGUGGAGGAAUGCCAAUGGCAGCUCAGUCACCCAUGUUAAAUCACCAGGCAGCUGGACCCAAUCAUAUGGAAUCGCCGGGAAAUCUAUUGCAGCAGCAAAAUUUUGAUGUUCAGCAACUGUUCCGAUCGCAGAACCCUGGCCUUGCAGCAGUUGCCACAAAUGCGGCGGCCGCAGCAGCAGCCGCAGCAGCUGCCACAUCGGCAGCGAGCGCUGCGGCGGCGGUGGGCGCUGCCCCCGUUCCCAACGGAUCGCUGCAACAGUCGCAGCAGCAGCAACAGCAGCAGCAACAGAUGCAAAUGGCGGCCGCGUCGCAACAGUUUCUGGCCGCCCAGCAGGCGCAGAAUGCGGCCUAUGCCGCCCAGCAGGCCACGCCCUACGUCAUCAAUCCGGGCCAGGAGGCUGCCCCCUACAUGGGCAUGAUUGCCGCCGCCCAGAUGCCGCAGUACUACGGCGUGGCGCCCUGGGGCAUGUAUCCGGGCAAUCUGAUUCCGCAGCAGGGCACCCAGCCGCGCCGCCCCCUCACCCCCUCGCAGCAGGGUGCCGAAAAUCAGCCGUAUCAGGUCAUCCCGGCCUUCCUCGAUCACACAGGCUCCUUGCUGAUGGGAGGACCCCGCACCGGGACGCCUAUGCGUCUGGUUAGCCCCGCCCCCGUUCUGGUGCCCCCGGGCGCCACCCGUGCCGGUCCCCCGCCCCCGCAGGGCCCCCAGAUGUACCAGCCGCAGCCGCAGACGGCCCAACAGAAUCUCUACUCGCAGCAGAAUGGCUCCAGUGUCGGAGGACUCGCCUUGAACACGAACUCGUUGACGGGGCGCCGCGACUCCUUUGACCGCAGCACCUCCGCCUUCAGUCCCUCGGCGAUGGACUACACCACCAGCGGCGUGGCGGCGGCCGCCAAUGCGGUGAACAGCUCAGUGGCCCAGGCAGCGGUGGCUGCCGCAGCAGCGGCCGCAGCGCGUGGCAAGUGGCCGGGGGCGAUGUCGGGGGCGGCCAGUGGCGCCUACGGAGCCCUCGGAGCGGGCAAUGCCUCGGCCAGUCCGCUGGGCGCUCCACUCACGCCGCCGCCGUCGGCGCAGUCCUGUCUCCUGGGCAGCCGGGCACCGGGCGCCGAGUCGCGCCAGCGGCAGCAGCAGCAACAGCAGCAGCAACUUGCGGCCGUUGGCCUGCCGGCAACUGCGGCAGCUGCCCAGGCAGCGGUGGCAGCAGCGGCCAACAACAUGUUCGGAUCGAAUAGCUCGCUCUUCUCGAAUCACCUGGCCAUUCCGGGUACAGCAGCGGUGGCUGCGGCGGCGGCAGCUGCAGCGGCGGCCAACUCGCGACAGGUGGCUGCCACGGCGGCGGCUGCGGCGGCGGUGGCAGCGGCAGCCGGCGGAGUGGGCGGGGCCCCACAGCCGGGAAGAUCUCGCCUACUCGAGGAUUUCCGCAACCAGCGGUAUCCGAAUCUCCAGCUUCGCGAUCUCGUCAACCACAUUGUGGAGUUCUCACAGGAUCAGCACGGCUCGCGGUUCAUCCAACAGAAGUUGGAGCGCGCCACCGCCGCUGAGAAGCAAAUGGUAUUCAGCGAGAUCCUGGCAGCCGCCUAUAGCCUGAUGACCGAUGUCUUUGGCAACUAUGUCAUCCAGAAGUUCUUCGAGUUCGGCACCCCCGAGCAGAAGAACACGCUGGGCAUGCAGGUCAAGGGUCAUGUGCUGCAGCUGGCGCUGCAAAUGUACGGCUGCCGAGUCAUUCAGAAGGCGCUGGAGAGCAUCUCGCCGGAUCAGCAGCAGGAGAUCGUACACGAGCUGGACGGACAUGUGCUGAAGUGCGUCAAGGACCAGAACGGCAACCAUGUGGUGCAGAAGUGCAUUGAGUGCGUGGAUCCGGUGGCACUGCAGUUCAUCAUCAAUGCGUUCAAGGGGCAGGUUUACUCGUUGAGCACCCAUCCCUACGGUUGCCGUGUGAUCCAGAGGAUCCUCGAGCACUGCACCGCCGAGCAGACAACACCCAUUUUGGACGAGCUGCACGAGCACACCGAACAGCUGAUCCAGGACCAAUAUGGCAACUAUGUCAUUCAGCAUGUGCUAGAGCACGGCAAGCAGGAGGAUAAGUCUAUUUUGAUCAACAGCGUGCGCGGCAAGGUCCUGGUCCUAUCCCAACACAAAUUCGCCUCGAAUGUGGUAGAGAAAUGCGUCACCCAUGCCACUCGUGGCGAACGAACUGGUCUUAUAGACGAGGUCUGCACCUUCAACGACAAUGCCUUGCACGUGAUGAUGAAGGAUCAGUAUGCCAACUAUGUGGUCCAAAAGAUGAUCGAUGUGUCGGAGCCAACGCAACUGAAGAAGCUAAUGACCAAGAUCCGGCCCCACAUGGCCGCCUUGCGCAAGUACACCUACGGGAAGCACAUCAACGCCAAGUUGGAGAAGUACUACAUGAAGAUAACCAACCCAAUUACGGUGGGCACAGGAGCCGGAGGAGUGCCGGCAUCCUCCUCAGCGGCUGCAGUCAGCAGUGGUGCCACCUCGGCAUCGACCGCCUGCACCAGUGGAAGCAGCACCACGACCACCAGCACCACCAACAGCUUGGCCUCACCCACCAUUUGCUCGGUGCAGGAGAACGGCAGCGCCAUGAUUGUGGAGCCCUCCUCCCCGGAUGUCUCCGAAUCCUCAUCCUCGGUGGUGUCAGGGGCUGUGAACAGCGGUUUGGGUCCCAUUGGACCCCCAACCACCGCCAACGGUGUGCUGUAAGGGAAACUAUAGAGAAAACAAAUACAACUAGGCAGUCAAAGGAUGGAUGGAUCAAAUGCCAUCGGAAACAUCCUUCUCGAAUCGCAGUAUAGUUUUUAGGAGCUGUAGAGCUAAAGCAUACCAUAAACAAAAAUACAUAUAAAUGUAAACUAAUUUAUUGAAAAGGCAGCGAUAAAUGGAGCUGCUCUCGAAGAUUUGUAAAGAGAAAACAUACACACACGCGCCAAGCUAGAGAAACAAAAAAGAAAUGCGACUGGCAAGCUAAGAAGCAAAACAGCAAGAAACUGAAACUAAAAGAAAUUUGUAUUUUUACGAACAAAAAAUAAUAACACUCUCACGAAAGAAGAUUUCAAAAUAUUUGUAUAAUGCGCUCGCAUAUUUAAUUUGUAAAAAAGAAACACAAACACUCAAAGUUGAAGAAAAACAUAAAGCGUAGUAAAACGCGAAAAACAAAACACAAUGUAAAGUAAAAUGUCAAGGAAACAAUUUUGUCUGCGUACAUUUUCGUUGUAACUUUGUAUAAAUUAAUGAUUAUAUAGCAAGUCUAUUUGUAAAGAAUUAAUGUUUCGACUGUAAAUUGAUAAGAGGACAACUGAAGAGCCAGCGAGCUAAGAAAUGAAUGAAUGUAGAAGAGCCGGCUGCAUAAUAGGCCUAGAAUUUAUAAGUGCAGACAGAGGAACCAUUUAAAGUAAACAAACAUAUAUACGAGGGAUAACAGCAGAAGCCACACUUAGUGUAGAUUGUAGAGUAAAACUGUUUUUGGAGCCAGCAGCUACCAAAACACAAUGAAAACAGAGACACACACAAGACACGCCCACGCCCCCUCACGCACACUCGGAUGCAUAUACCCUCACAAUGAACGACUCUUCAGCCCAUUCACGUUGCUUUUGCACUAUGUAAAAAUUUUGUAUAAAAAAAACCCAAACUACAAACCAUGUAAACCAUGUAAUUUUUUCAAAUGUUUCACUGUAAAAUGUAUACAUACUAUAUUUUGUAAAUUUUUUAAGUCGCAAGUAACUCAUACAUAUUCUAUUAUAACCUGCACGCAUGUAUUUAUAAUUUUAUACAUAUUAGCUGGUGGCCGCUCGUCGACGAUCUGCGAGGAUCUCGGUGCGUCGGUCGCCAGCUAAAAACAACCUGUUAGCCAAGUAAGAAAUGAUUGGAUUUUAAAACUAUAACCAUCAAAUAAACCAAUUUUUUUCCAAAUUUA